AUGCCUAAAAAGUUUAAAGGAACAAAUUCAAAGGCAGAGGAAGCUAGAGCUAGGAAAGAUGCUGUUAGACUUGCAGAAAAAGAGAGAAAACAGAGGGAAGAAGAAGAUAAAUACUGGGAGGAUAAUGAUAAACAUGUGAUGAAGAAACAGCAAAGGAAGGUGCGGUUGUGUUUGUAGGUGAAUUACGGCAGUUGUUGUGGUCAGUUGGUAGAUUUAAAAUCAAGACAAAUGACAUUUCAAAUUUGAAUAUUAAUUGCGAAAAGGACGAGAUAAAGAUUACAUCUCUGUAAUAUCGCUUGGAAGUUGUUUUGAAAUGACAAUUAGACUCGAACGAAGAGGACAUGCCUCUGAUAAGUAAUUUUAAGGGUAAAAUUUUUCGCAAUCGAUUCAAUGUGACCGAGCUCCUUAAAUUCUGGGGGUAUAGAAGGGCCCUGCAGUUUUAGGUAAAAUUUCCGCAUAGCCCCAUGCUAUUGUUAAACAAAUCUGUUUUCCCAAUGGCAAUGUAUUGUUUUUGUCGUUGUUUUCUCUAUCCAAGAACUGAAUGCAUAAUGUAGUAUGGGGCUGUGCGGAAAUUUUACCCAGUUUUAUUUUGUUGUUCAGUAUCAAGAGGCCAGGUUUGAUACCUGUACUGGUAGAUUGUUUUUGUUCUAAAAAACAGAGCUAACAACUCUCUCCACACAGAUAUUAACAGAGAAGUAACGGCAACCUCAGACCCACAAAAAAGACAAAUCCCAAGGUGUCUCAAAACUCACACCCAGAAAAACUCAGACCCUCUAAUUCUGGCUUACUAGUACAAUUUCAAGAUUCAUCACACUCAACCAUUUGUACAUUUACAUACAUUUAGGAAAGGCUAACUUUGGUCUCACAGUAAAAUGAAAGUAUGAAAGAACUAUCAUUAUUGUUUUAGUGAAAAAACAGUUGGUUUAAAAAAGUGGGGGUGUGAAAAACAACAUAAUGUGGCAGAUUAAUGAGGCAGUUAAUGAUUAACAUGAAUUAAACAAUCCAUGACUGUGAGUGAGUACUGUGGUUAUGGACAGACUAUUUCAAUUCAGCCCUCAAAUUAUUUGUUUGCUAGUUAGUUGCAGUGUGAUUGUCAAGCAUUGAAUGCAUGGCUAUUAGAUAAAUGUUAACAGAUUAAAGGUUAGAAUUUGGCUCAAAGUCUUAUUUUGACUUCUGGUUAUAGGAUUGAGUGGAGUCCAAUUUGGUCUGUAAUCAUACUUGGGAUUAACAAAUCGGAUUCUCCCUUUACAGUCUUCUAAUUUGUUAAUUAUGAGUAUGAUUACAGACAGAAUUGGGUGACAUGAAUUCCUGAUAACGAUGAAUCAAAAGUAUGAAAAAAUUUGAGAAAGAAACUAGACAACAAUUACUAGUAUACAUUUUCAUGAAAAAAAGCAACAGUUAACUCAGAAAAAUGCAAGACAACAGCAUGCUCACUUGAUGCAUCCUGUCCUCUUACACAGGCAUGAAGUGUAAAUGGUCCCUUUAUCUGUCCUGUUGUACUGUCCAGUUACACUUUCCAAUUACAAGCAUGAGGCAUAUACUACCCUAUUAGUGCUCAAAUCACGCUUGUGAUAACCAAUCACAUUCAAGAAUUUUGUUACAGUUUGGAUUAGUGCUCAAAUGAAGUGAUUAAUCUUGCUUUUUAUGCUCUUCUCAUGAAGGAUGAUAAAGAACGCAAACGGCAAGAAGCAACAGAGCGUAAGAUAGCCAACCAAGAAGCCCUGAAAGCUGAAGAAAGUGAAUUGCCAAAGCCAAGUUCCAGUGUUCGUGCUAAAAUGACAGUUGCAGAGAUUCAGGGAGAACGUGAAAGAAAAGCUGUCGAAGCUGCCUCUGCAACAGCUAAAACUAAAAAAGCAGAUGAGGAAACUAGUGAUAUUCUUGAAGAAAACCCUAAUCAGCAGAUGGCAGCACUAUUGGCAGCUGAAGGAUCUGUAGAAGCACGCUCUGUAGAAGAUGCCAUAGCUGUACUGAAUGUCAGCAAAACUACUCCCACUGACCGGCACCCAGAAAAGAGAAUGAAAGCAGCAUAUAAUGCAUUUGAAGAGCGUGAACUACCUAAGCUUAAAACAGAAAAUCCUAACAUGCGGUUAUCUCAAAUAAAACAGUUACUCAAGAAGGAAUGGAUGAAAUCACCAGAAAAUCCCAUGAACAUGGCUUAUGCUAAGAGGACAUAG